AGCCAUUCUCAGCUGCUGGCCUGGAGCCCCUCCAGGGGGAGCAAAGGGACAGGGUGGAAGUGAGAAGCCACCACAGCCCAGCGAGGACCUGCUCCCCAGAGCUUGCCGGCUCAAGAGUGCCACUCUUCCUCUGUCGUUUCUGAGAAGUUGACUGUUCACAGUUUGUUCCUUCAUUUGGAAGGAAACCAGUCAACUGGAAAAUGAGACUGAAUGUGGCCAUUUUCUUUGGAGCUCUCUUUGGAGCUUUGGGGGUUUUGCUGUUUUUGGUAGCUUUUGGAUCGGAUUACUGGCUUCUUGCGACUGAAGUGGGCAGGUGUUCAGGUGAACAGAAUAUAGAAAACGUCACUUUCCACCACGAAGGCUUUUUCUGGAGGUGCUGGUUCAGCGGCGUGGCAGAGGAGAACGACUCCGGCAUCUGGAAGUUCUGGUACACCAAUCAGCCGCCAUCCAAGAACUGCACACACGCGUACCUGUCCCCGUACCCCUUCCUGAGGGGCGAGCACAACUCCACCUCCUACGACUCCGCGAUCAUUUACCGCGGCUUCUGGGCGGUCCUGCUGCUCCUGGGGGUCGUGGCCGCCGUGACUGCGAGCUUCCUGAUCAUCUGUGCAGCCCCGUUCUCCAGUCACCUCCUCUAUAAAGUUGGAGGAGGUUCCUACAUUGCCGCAGGUGUGUUCUUCUCCCUCGUGGUGAUGCUGUACGUCAUCUGGGUCCAGGCGGUGGCCGACAUGGACAGCUACAGAGCCGCGAAGAUGAAAGACUGCUGGGAGUUCUCACCCUCCGUGCUGUACGGCUGGUCCUUCUUCCUGGCCCCCGCCGGCAUUUUCUUUUCUCUGCUGGCUGGCUUGCUCUUCCUCGUCGUUGGACGGCACAUCCAGAUACAUCACUAACGUUUGCCCAAUUGUGUCCGGGAGAGCUCUCAGAGCACCACCCUUCCCUCUCCGCUCUGUGUCAGCUGAUGGGCACUUAGAGCUGUUCUCUCUAAUGAGUCAUUUUUCCUGUGAUUUCCCCGCACACGGAGGUCCUCUGACUUCCCCAGAACCCAAAGCUGUCUCUGCCGGAAGGAACGCGUUCUCUAGGGAGCAGGUGCUGGGUCCAUCAUUCAGUUUGGAGUAAUUUGUAGCGUGCAAAUGUGAUCACCCACAGCAACCCAAGCUGAGGUGGAAUGUCUCCUUGACAUUCACUUCUGCUAUUUUUUCUAACAAGGAGGAUAAUUACGAAUGGAAAACAAAUGUCAGGCGACUGAUUUUGUUUCUUCUCCACCUACGUGCCCAUCACAGCCACACACCCACCCGCUGACUUCUGAGAGCAAAUGAUUCAUUAUUUAAAAAUAGACAGCAGUUGUUCCUACUAUCAGAACCCCGAAAUCCCGGGCUCAAAUGGGCCACAGCAGUUACGCCAAAUGUGCGCAGCCUAAUUUAUUACCAAGUGCAUCACCUGAGAUUUUUUUCUUAAUUUUACUUGCUUACAGAAACCUCACACUGUUGGAAAGCAGCAAAUCCACAUGGCAAAAGUGCAUCUUAGAAAUGUGUGAAGUUAAAGGGUGUUAACCCGGAUUGUAAUGUGCUUUAAAAUUUGUAAAAGCCAAGAGCCCCAGUGUAGCACAUAAUUAAAAUAUUUGAUGUUUUAAAAUUCCCAUUUAAAACUUACGUUGCUAAGAUGUUCAGCAUGUUUGAAUUUAUUGAAAGGACGUGUUUUUAAUACUGCCCAUCUGUAACGUUCCCAGAUACCUCCACGUGAGGAUCGGAACAGCCUUGCUUUAUGAAGACCGUGGCGAAUUAACUGUCUCCGGUGUGUUACCUGAUCCAGUUCGUCUGAUCAUUUGAUUCCCAUAUUGUCCUGCAAUUUCUUCCUCUUUGCAGCAGAUGCAUUAACACUCGCAGUUGCACAGUUUCUCCUAACCUCACGCAAGAAAAGGUUUUGUGGGGAAAUGCAAUUCUUUAUUAUUCACUAGCACAGGCAUUUUGCAGAGCAAAGGGGUUCCUUUGCAGGAUUGUGGAUUAAGAUCAAGCCCAUAUCUGAAAGGCUUCCUCCCUUGGACUUGCAUUCUGAAAGUUUCCAUCCAGAAGGGUUUUUGGCGUUAGAGAGGCCAAGAGAAACAGCACUGAGCUUUGCUGGGGACCCACUGCUGCUUUCUGCCGCUGGAGCAAGAAGGGAGGGCAGCACUGGGGCAGGGGAAUGAGCACCAGGUGCUCUGCGCAGGAGGGCUUGGCCUUCUCAGCUGCUGCAUGUUCAGUGUGAUGCUGCCCCAGCCUUCUCCACAGCCUGCCGUACACGCAGGGACAGCUGGAAGGGCAGCAGGAGCCCGAGCGUCCGCAUGAGGCGUUUCAGGGCCGGACUUCCCUGAGCUGCUAACAGCUCUCUGUAAAGCUCCAGGGGCUUGCUUCAUCUUGCAAACCGUUUCGAGGACCUCAGUGCACUUCCGUGUUCCCUUCCCUUUGUUGGCUUUCCUUUCCUUUUGAUAUUGAUUCAUUUACUCCCCUGCUCUCUUUGGCUUGUUAUCAGGAAAGUAAUUCUGGGUUCUUUAAGUGAUAUUAAGCUAUGUGAUAUUAAGCCUGUGAUGUUAAGCUAUGGCAUGCCAUUAACUGUGCCAGGAGAUGCUUAAAUGUAUCUGGUUAUUUGUGUCAUCCGAACCUACAAUUCUUUUUUGUAGAACUUUGGAAUGGAACCUUUUUCAGGACUGUAUGCCAUUUACAUUUCACAUGCAAGCUGUUUCUAGUAAAAGUUUGA